AUGGCCAUCCUCGACGGCUUUCUCACCUCCAUCUCGGGCUUUCUGAGAGCCAAAGACGCAUUGCAAUUGAAGUCGUGGCUUGCCGUCGAGCCACCAGUCGAUGAGCAGUACUACAAGCUUGCCCAGGAGUUAAAGGUCUCCUUCCGCGACGGCGAUCACCUCGAACGGCGCAUUACGAAGCUAAUUCCCGAGAACGACGAUGGCAAGGCUGACGAAGGGGAUGUGUGGCCUGGCUUCCUGGUAUUCAUGAAAGAUUACUUGGAGUUCUGGAGGGACGUCAAUUUCGAGGACCUGUUGCAGACACAUUUGCAAUUGACUGGGCUAGUCAACGCUUGCAUUACCGCUUUAUCUAACUCAAGCCAUGGCAUUGUUGUGCUCCCAACUGCUAUUCAGCUAUCACAGGCCUUGUCCACUCUUGCGAUGACUCUCGACAAUCGACCAGAUUUGACACGGCGGCUGCGCAAGGUUACGGAUAUCGAUCAGGGGGAAACAAGGAAAACGCUGGUUGAGAGCACUGCAGAAUCUAUACAAAGGGCAUUUACGAUGUGCUUGACCGAAAGAAGCUCCAACCGGAAUGGUAUAGGACGAGAUGGGAAGCCUGAAGGAAAGAAGAUUGGCAUAUACUCGUUCGCAAACCUGGCAUUGAAGUUGUUCUUCAAGUGCCGGAAGACACAAUCCGCAAACCAACUCUUUACCAACAUCUCACAGCACUCACCUCCGCUUGCUCUCUAUCCCGCCAGCCAGCGCGUUACAUAUCUGUUCUAUCUUGGGCGCUUCCUCUUCAUCAACGACUCCUUCUACCGCGCCCAAUUAUGUCUGCAAUCUGCCUACGAUCAGUGUCAUGCUCAAUGCAUAAAUCAAAGACGAAAUAUCCUCAUCUAUCUCAUCUCAGCAAACAUGAUACUCGGUCGGUUUCCCUCGCGACCUUUCAUGUCACGUCCCGAGGCCGCUGGGAUUCUCGAAAAAUUCGCCCCAAUCUCAAAAGCAAUCCGAAAAGGUGAUAUAGUUGCCUUCAAGCGUGCCCUGGGGCCCGAGUCUGGAAACGAGCAGUGGUUCUUCCAGAAAGGUGUCCUCCUUCCACUACUUUAUCGAUGCGAGAUCCUAGUAUGGCGAUCCCUCGCUCGUAGGGUGUUUCUCCUUACAUAUACCUGGCCAUUUGAUUUGAAUUCUCGAAAAGCACCAACUUUGGAAAUCACGGAUCUGGUAGUCGCUGCACAAUAUUGCCAAAAGGUUUUAGAGGGGUGGCAAAAGCCGGUUGAUUCUAUGGCUGUCAUGCAGUCGGGACGCACACACCCAAAUACGUUGUUUAUGAAAAGUCAUGAUUUAGUUCCACCUCCUCAAGGACCCAAGAAGCUCGGGGCGCAAGGAGGAACUGUGUAUGGCAAUAAAAUGCCGGACCUGUUAGAGAUUGAAGCUAUUGUCGCAAGUCUUGUACAGCAGGGCUUACUAGGUGGAUUCAUCAGUCACAAUCAAGGCAAAUUCGCAAUUCUAGGUGCAAAGAUACGAGGUGGGCCAUUGAAUGCAGGGUUUCCUGGUGUCUGGGAGGUUGUGAAAACUCGAGCUGAACGGGAAGGCAAGAACACUGAAGUGCCAGCAUGGGUUCGAAGUGAGAGGAAAGCCCCGAUGGGAGGGGUUGUCAACCUAAGUGGUAUCGCGAGACCUGUAGGAAGUGGCGGAUGA